AUGGAUAGGUACAAAUUUGAAUGCCAAGAUAUUUACAACGUAGAUGAGACGGGGAUUACUACGGUCCAAAAACCAGACAGAAUAAUAGCGAAUAAGGGUGUAAAACAAGUGGGUAGUGUGACUUCUGCCGAAAGAGGUGCUUUAGUUACAAUAGCCCUGGCUGUAAGUGCUAGUGAAAAUACAGUCCCUCCAAUAUUUGUUUUCCCUAGAAAAAAUUAUAAAAGUUAUUUUGUUGCAAACGGCCCAAGCGGAUGUAUUGGAACUGCAAACAAAUCAGGCUGGAUGAUCCAAGAGGACUUCGUCAAAUUUCUUGAACAUUUCAUAAAGCAUACAAGGUGUUCAAAAGAACGACCAGUUUUGUUAAUCCUAGACAAUCACGACUCACAUCUUUCAAUUAGAAAAAUAGAUAUUUGUAGGCAAAAUGGUGUUAUAAUUUUAUCUCUACCUCCACACUGUUCCCAUAAACUUCAGCCCUUAGGCAGGUCCGUCUAUGGCCCACUAGAGAAAUAUGCUAAUAGUUUGUGCGACUCCUGGUUAAGAAACAAUCCCGGCAAAACCAUGUCAAUCUACGACAUACCUGGUUUUGUGCGUGAUGCUCUACCAUUAGCAGCGACACCAAAGAAUAUUCAGUCAGGUUUUCGAGUUGCAGGAAUAUAUCCAUUGAAUAGGCAUAUCUUUAGUAAUAAUGAAUUCCUCUCUAGUUCUGUAACUGAUCGCCCUGAUCCUGUCAUUAUCCAAGAAAAUGAUAAAAAUCCUCCCGGAAAUGAAGAAACUGUUAUAGAGAAGUCAAUAAAAUAUAUUGAAACCUCCAGAGAUGGCUUAAAAACGUUUGACCCUAAGGAAUUUGAAGUUGUUGACGUUUCAAAAUCCCCUACUACUUCAAAUAUCCCGCCGUCUUUUGCCCCUAAUUCCAAACCCAACAUCCUCCAAAUACCAACUAGAGUUGAGUCGCCGAAGCCUGGUUCUUCACAUGAUAUAUCGCCGAAGCCUGGUUAUUCACGUGAUAUAUCGCCGAGGCCUAUCUGUCCACAGAAUACCAAAAGUAAUACGCUCUAUUUUAGCCCUUCAGAUAUACGUCCAUUUCCAAAAGCUGGAAUUCGUAAAACUAAUUUUAGAGGUCAUAAAUGGCGCAAAGCCGCUAUCCUAACCGAUACUCCGAACAAAACAGAACUUGAAUUGGAACAAGAAAAACGAAAUGCCAGAAAAAAAAACAAGAGUUAA